AGACUUAACAACAAUUUAAAAGGGACGUCUGCGUGCACAGGAGCUUCUGGUGAAAUCGGAGAAAUUCUCGGAACUCCCGUUUUUCCCACGAACUGUACGAUGAUCCGACUUUUCAGCCGAUUACCGAGGAACGCGCUAUCCGGCGGCUUCUCCAAUCUUUUUACGUGGCGGGAAACCUGCCCCCGCGACGCCGCUGUCAGAACGAUGUCGGGGAAAUCGACUGUGAAGAUCGGCACGCACGACGGAACCUUUCAUUGCGACGAGGUCCUCGCCUGCGCGCUCUUAAAACUGCUACCGCAGUACAAGGAUGCGUCUAUAGUGAGAUCUCGGAAUCAAAGCGUCUUGGAUACCUGUGAUAUCGUGGUGGACGUUGGCGGAGAGUACGAUCCUUCCAGACGUCGCUACGACCAUCACAUGAGAGAAUUCCAGGAGUCGGUGAGUACCGUUUUGAAGGGACCAGGCUACGAUUGGACGAUAAAAUUAAGCAGCGCGGGACUGAUCUACUGCCACUUUGGCCACGAGAUAUUGAGGUGCGUGCUCGCGGACGUGACGGAGGACAGAGUCAUCGAUGAGAUCUUUAAGAAGAUUUAUGACACGCUGAUCAAGGAAAUCGAUGGUAUAGACAACGGCGUGCCGAUGUACGAUGCGGAGCCAUUGUAUCGAAUAGUCACCGAUUUAAGCGCGCGCGUAGGCAGACUGAAUCCCCAGUGGAACAGCCGGGAUGUAAAUAUCGAGAAACAAUUUGAGAAAGCCAUGGCUCUGGUUCUGGAGGAAUUUUUAGAGUUCGUACAAUACACGAAAAACGUUUGGCUACCGGCGAGGGACGUCGUGCGGCGCGCCGUGGAGGAUCGUCUCGAGGUCGAUCCGAGCGGUGAGAUAAUAGCGUUGUCGCAAGCGGUGCCGUGGAAGGAGCAUUUGUUUCAACUGGAAAAGGAGAUGAAUGUGUCGCCGUCGAUAAAAUACGCCAUUUUUGAGGCCGACAACGCUCAUCGAGUUCAGUGCAUGCCGGUGGCAUUGGGCAGCUUCGUGUGCAGGAUGUUCCUGCCCGAAGCGUGGGCCGGCUUGCGCACCGACGCCCUUGUGGAAGCCUGUGGACUCGAAGGCGCCACGUUCGUGCAUUCCGUCCGGUUCAUCGGCGGUCACAAAACCAAGGACGGCGCGGUGGCCAUGGCGCGGAAGGCGCUCGAGAUCGGGAAGGCCGUGCAACGCGCGGAAUGACGGUGUCUAGACCGCUGAGCUUUUUCUUACAAUUUUCUACCGACUACUGAACAUUUUUAGAAACAUUUUUUCGAGAAUUGAACACGCAACUCGUUCGCAUCGCGACCUAUUUAAUAUUUAAUAUACAUUUCGCCCUAUUUAAGACGUUACACGUAUUGCGUAACGCUCGUUAAAUCCCGAUGUAAGAAAAAGCCGUGUCAUCUUUUCAAUCGUCCAAGUACUUUCGAAUGUAUUCAAUAAGUUCGAACUAAACUGCCAUAAACGUUUAUUCCAGAAGCUCGAAAA